UGUUUGAGGUGUCCGUGAUCUGAAGUUAAGAAAUACCUUCCAAAAAGGGUGGAAUUGUACUUCCAGCAUAUCUUUUCCUGUGUUCUGCUGCUGUUGUGCGAGCUUUGGAAUAUGAGGUUUAAAAACCUGUAAACGCACAGGAAGUGACGCAAAUCGGUAUCAUCAUCCGGACGACGGGGGCGGAAGUAACAGCUGCCAAAUGGGAAAUGAUUUCAGGCAAUCGAUAAUAAACUUUGCGGCAGCAAACCAAUAGCAGCGGGCAAUAGUAGUAGCAGUGUGUGGUUUGUGCCUGUGUGUCAAGUACCUACUGAUUAUCCCUGCCCUGAUUAUUACGCUUAUGCCAUAAGAGCAGUGGAGGACCGAACAAAGAACGACGAUCCGAAACACAACAAUAUCCAAACCGCAGGAAAAUCUCCAGCACACAUUUAAGGCCCAACAAAACUCCCCAAAAAUCCGAAGCAGCUGCCAUGUCCGUCAAGUUCGUCUGUUUGGUGGCCCUGUUCGGCAUUAGCUGCACGGCGUCAACGCAUGGCCACAGCAGCAAUGGCAGGGGUCAGCAGAUAGGUGGAGGAGGUGAUGUGUUCACCAGUUCCUUUCUGGUUCGGUUCAAGCGCAGCCUGGACAAACAGUUGGUGCACGAUAUCGCUGCCCGGAAUGGAUUCCAGAAUUUGGGGGAGCUUCCUGGCAGCAAUGGCAAGGAGUUUCACUUCAAGCACACGACCCUGCCGCUGGUACGCACCAGGCGAAGCAUCUCCCAAACGCGAGUGCUUAAAAAGGAACCGCUGAUACACACGGCCUUACAGCAACCGGGUUUCAAGCGCGUUAAGCGUGGCUUCCGACAUGCGGUCCCGCUAAACUACAUUCCGGACAAGGCACCCGGAUACGGUGGAGAAAAUGUACCGACCGAUCCGUACUUUCCGUUUCAAUGGUACUUAAAAAAUACAGGGCAAAAUGGCGGCAAAGCCAAACUUGAUUUAAAUGUACUAGCUGCGUGGGACCAAGGCAUUACCGGAAAAAACAUUACCACCGCCAUUAUGGACGACGGCGUUGAUUAUAUGCAUGCUGAUCUGAAGUUUAAUUAUAAUGCUGAAGCGAGCUACGAUUUCAGCAGUAACGAUCCGUUCCCAUAUCCUCGCUAUACGGAUGAUUGGUUCAACAGCCAUGGUACGAGGUGUGCUGGCGAGGUUGCAGCUGCCCGGGACAACGGUAUCUGCGGUGUUGGUGUGGCGUACGAUUCAAAAAUAGCCGGUAUUCGGAUGCUGGACCAACCAUACAUGACGGAUCUGAUUGAAGCAAACUCGAUGGGUCAUGAACCGCACAAGAUACACAUCUACAGCGCAUCCUGGGGACCGACAGACGAUGGGAAAACGGUCGAUGGUCCACGAAAUGCAACCAUGCGAGCGAUCGUACAGGGUGUGAAUGAGGGCCGUAAUGGGUUGGGCAACAUUUACGUAUGGGCUUCGGGAGAUGGCGGCGAGGAGGACGAUUGUAACUGUGAUGGGUAUGCCGCAUCGAUGUGGACCAUAUCGAUCAACAGUGCCAUCAACGAUGGUCAGAAUGCGCACUAUGAUGAAAGCUGUAGUUCCACACUGGCCAGCACAUUCAGCAAUGGUGCGAAGGAUCCGAACACCGGUGUGGCCACGACGGAUCUGUACGGCAAAUGUACCACCACGCAUUCGGGUACGAGUGCUGCAGCACCGGAAGCGGCAGGAGUUUUCGCAUUAGCACUGGAAGCAAAUCCAUCCUUGUCCUGGCGCGAUAUGCAACAUCUUACCGUGCUGACGUCCAAGCGAAAUUCCCUGUUUGAUGCCAAAAAUCGAUUCCACUGGACGAUGAACGGUGUCGGAUUAGAGUUUAACCAUCUGUUCGGAUUCGGUGUACUGGAUGCCGGUGCGAUGGUAGCGUUGGCGAAGAAAUGGAGGACGGUGCCGCCCCGAUAUCACUGCGAGGCAGGUGCAAUCACCCAGAUGCACCGGAUACCUUCGUCGGGUUCACUGUACCUGCCAAUCAAGACAAACGCGUGCAAAGGAACCGACACGGAGGUACGCUACCUAGAACACGUGCAAGCCGUUAUUACCGCGAACGCUAGCAGGCGCGGUGAUCUGGAGCUUUUCCUAACAUCGCCAAUGGGCACAAGAUCCAUGAUACUAAGCAAACGGGCCAAUGAUGAUGAUCGUCGGGAUGGUUUUACAAAAUGGCCUUUCAUGACGACACACACCUGGGGCGAAUAUCCGCAAGGCACUUGGAUGCUGGAGGCGACAUUCAAUUCGCAGGAAAGUCGCACCGGAUGGAUCAAAGAGUUUUCGCUCGUGCUGCACGGUACUAAAGAUCCGCCGUAUCAGACACUGUCACCGGCGUCGCCACACUCCAAGUUGGCCAUUGUAAAGAAAGCUCACGAGGAUAAGGACGGCAACUAAAGCGUAAUCUUUACGCAUACCAACACGAACACAUAACCACAGACAGACACACGUAUACAGACAGAUAAACAAACAGAAGCACAUUCUACCAAAUACGCACCGAUGGUGUCCAGAAUGGCAACAUUGCGCAUAUAUAGAUCUAUAUAUAUAUAUAUUUAUACAUAUGGAUGUUUGUAGUAUUUAUGUUCAUGGGGGUAGCUGAGAGGAAUAUAUUACCUUAUAGAGCAGCUUUCCAACAUCUAAUCAAAGAAUGCACGAUCAACACAAGAUAUGAUGCAGCCUAUUAGCCUUCUGCUCAGAGGGAGGUUUAGGUGAACUGGCACAGGAAAAAUGCAGGUCCACAUUAUCACCAAUAGCGAUGUGACAAGGAUGUGUGAGAGAAAGAUGCUCAUGUGCAAGGGAAGCCAAACACAAGCGUGUCUAUGCGGGGCACUGGUUCUGAUUGUUGUCUAUUUAUAUGUAGGAGACGAAAACAUAAAAAGCACCCGUUGUGUCUAAUGAAGAUUCUAUUAAUGGUUCCGUUCGGUUCGGUUUUGUCCAUCUGUUAGUCCGUAUCAACUCCAUCAUUCGUCCUCUAAGCGUAUUAAUUUGUAUAUAGGCGUAUAAAAUACAAUGCAAACUAUAUUUACUGAAACCGUUUCACUUGCAAGUUAUGAUUUUCGAAGCACUAUUAAGCCUGGUCGGGCAAAAACGCAAACGAAUUGGUAAAUAUGUAUACUGUUCUCAAAUCAACAACAGGAGCAGCAACAGUAGCAGUAGCAGCAACGAUUGCAGUAGUAGUAUCACCAAAAACACACAGUAAAGAACAAUAACAUCGUCAGCAGCUAAAAUCAUAAUGUGAACAAAUAAAUUUCAUCUUUGAUAAUAUAAAUAAAGGAAUGCAUUUGAACAUCUAGUGCU